AUGGCAAAGGAGUUUAAUGCUCUCUUUGCUAACGAUACAUGGUCCCCAGUUCUAGCAUCCGAGUCCUCCAACACAGUUGCUUAUAAAUGGAUUUUUUGCACUAAGCGCCUCGUCGAUGGUUCCAUUGAACGUUGGAAGGCUUAUUCCUCAUUGUUUUUACGGAAUUUUGGGGGUGUUACCAUUUUUGUUUUAGUCUAUGUAGAUGAUCUUUUAGUAACUAGUUCAUCUCUCCAGGCCAUUUAUGGUCUUACUGUAGCUCUAUGUGUCAACCUUCUCAUUAAUGAUCUUGGAAAAUUGCAUUUCUUCCUGGGCAUCAAAGCUUUGUUCAACUCUGGUGGCUUGAUUCUCACACAAUAG